AUGGACGGUGUUCGCAAAGAUCCCAAUGGCGAACUUAUUCAUGGGAAACAGGUCAUUCGACCAGUUCGGUUUUUCGUCAGCGACCAGGCCUUGUUGAUCGUUUCGGCUUUGCGAGCCAAUGUCGAAGCCCGCAUCGGCGAGCUCAGAUCUGACACGGAGACCCGUCUCAUAGAUAUCCCGGAUAGCGAGACGACGAAGAUUCAGAAAGAGGAUAUCCAAAACACGAAGAAUUUCUCAGUGCUGAAGGCUUACGCUGCAUCCCUGUUCCAGGGAGUUUCCGAGAGAAAGCAGCUGAUCAGCUGCAAGGAGCAUCGGUCGGCUGUUUGCUACCUGGCCUUGGUUUACGAGUUGAUUAAGAUCAAAAAGGAGGCAGGAGCGAAGACCAAGUUCAGAGAAUGGGGGGAGUUGCAGGGUACCCGCCUGCGCUGGUUGGCAAGCUACGUCAUCCACAGUGUGUGUCGGACUUCCUUUUCGAGGACAGCACCACGGCACAUGCAAUACGAACACUUUGAUUGA